AUGGGCCGUAACCAGCACAAGUCGAAGAAGGCCCGUAGUAUGACUAUGCCAGCCAAUAUGAUGAUGAUGAACCCGAUGGCUGCUAUGAACCCGUUGCUCCUGCAACAGUUGGCCAGUGCAAUGAUGGCUCCACCUCCGCAUCAGCAGGUUGAGUCGGACUCAUCGUCUGAUGACCAUGAUGAUCGUCGAGCUUCUGGGUCUGUUGCUGUGGCCAAAGCCAGCAGCCAGGCCGCAGCUCUUCCAGCCCCUUUGCAAGAUGGACCUUCGCAGCUGCCACACCAGGCUGCAGAUGUGACUGCCCAGAAUGCCCAGGCCUAUGCGCUUCAGGCUUUGCGGGAUCGCCGAGCUUACUUGUUCAGUUCAGUGGGAGCUGACAAGAAGAUUCACAGAGGUGCUGCGAUGAUUCGCAAUCUUCCCAAGGACACUGGACUGGGGGUGAUAACAAAGCGUCUGUCGGAGCUGGUUGAAGCUUUGGAUGGGCAGCUUGACCCGACCGUCACCAGUGACUUGAGUCAGUCUGGAUUGUGUCGAAUGGUGUGGCUGCUUACGAAGCAGAAACCGCAGGUAUGUGUGUCCAGACUUCGCUGUGAAGACUAUGGGGAGCUGAACACACGUCUCCACCAGCGCCACUUGGUGAUUGCGCAGUCGUCUCCAGAGGUUCAAGCUGCUCUGCAGGCAAUCAAGGCUGAGGUCAUCCUGACUGAUGGCUUCGUCGGUGCAUUGGCAGAAGCUCAGGGUUGGUCGGAUGAAUGGAUGACUGUUCAAGAGCCAAAGAGCCGCGGGCGUGGCCCCAAAGCGGUUGCAGCUGAUGCGCAGCGUGAUGCCAUGCAGUCUCAAAGAAUCCCAGAGAUGAUGAAGGCUGCAAGUCAAGUGGCACAAGGUGCAAAUGCUGGUCCAGCUGCUCCGCUGCCAAGCCCUGUUCCAGUUCAAGUUGGAGGUCAAGUGCGCCCUCCGCCUCCGCGACCAGGUCAUCAAGUUGGUGUUGUUGCUGCUGGAAGCCCUCAGGCUCCUCAUGCUGCUGUGCAGAUGAUUGCGCCGGCUGUCAAUGCGCCGCGACCAGUUGCUGUGCCGAAGGUUGCUAUCCGACCGCCAGUGGCCAGCGCAAGUCCACAGGCCCCUGUGCAUCUGCCGGCGCCGCCACAGCCUGCAGCUGCCGUUUCAGAUGCGCCGCCGGAUCAGAUGGAGAAUGUGGAGAUGGAGGCGAAUCAGAUUGCUCCUGCUGCUGAUGCUACUGAUGGACAAGGCCAUGGAGUUGUUGAUGCUUCUGAUCAUGGCGAAGGCCAUGCAGGUGAUGAAGUCGUUGUGAAUGGUCAAGAGCCUCCCACUUGUGUCAUUUGUCAUGAGCCCCUGCGUGGUGCUGGGCUUGAAAUCCAGACGCUGCAAUGUGGUCAUCCGUGGCACCGAAGCUGCCUUGAAGAGACGUGGCGUGUGGGUGGGCAUGAGGUUGGAUGGUGUCCUUUCCGCUGUGAUGUGAGGGAAGCUGCACAGGCGAUGGCACUGGAGACUGGCGAUGGUGUCACUGAAGAUCGUCAGACGCCCAGUGAUCCUGCUGAGCCGGAAAUUGUUUUGUGA